UAGUGUGUUCUACGGAGCACUUCUUGAGCUGUCCUCCUAAUAAAUCUCUGUAAAACCCUAGACACCGAAGACCGACCCAGGAGAGAGAGAGAGAGAGAGAGAAUGGGGAAGAAAUCGCAGCAAGAGGAGCUCCUUAAAACCCUAGGCGACUUCACCAGCAAGGAGAACUGGGACAAGUUCUUCACCAUCCGAGGUAGCGACGAUUCCUUCGAGUGGUACGCCGAGUGGCCCCAGCUCAGGGAACCACUCCUCUCCCACCUCACCCUCUCUCAAUCACCGCCACUGCCGCCGCAGAUUCUCGUCCCAGGUUGCGGCAAUUCCCGACUCUCCGAGCACCUUUACGACGCCGGGUUUACGGACAUUACCAACAUCGAUUUCUCGAAAGUCGUGAUCUCCGACAUGUUGAGGCGGAACGUGCGGUCGCGCCCCGGUAUGCGGUGGCGUGUCAUGGACAUGACCAAUGUGCAGUUUGCGGAUGAGACCUUCGAUGUUGUCCUUGAUAAGGGUGGGUUGGAUGCUUUAAUGGAGCCUGAGCUUGGACCUAAGCUAGGUAGCCAAUAUUUGUCAGAGGUGAAAAGAGUGUUGAAAUCUGGGGGUAAAUUUAUAUGUCUAACCUUGGCAGAAUCUCAUGUUUUAGGGUUGCUUUUCCCUGAAUUGCGAUACGGGUGGAAAAUGAGUGUUCAUGUUAUACCUCAAAAACGAACUGAUAAACCUAACCUACAUACCUUUAUGGUGAUUGCUGAGAAACAGAAAUCUCUAGUGUUGCUACAGAUAUCGUCAGCAAUUAAUCAAUCUUCUCUUGAUUGUCUUGGGAAUCAGGCUUGUGGCCUACACGAAGCACUUGAAAGUGAGAACCGAAUUCGAAUGGAAUACUCCUCUGGUUCUGAUAUAUUGCACUCGCUUAAAGAUCUCCAACUAGGAGCCGAAGGGAAUAUGGCAGAGCUUAGCUCAGGUCGUCGUGUCCAGCUUACUCUGGGUCAACAAGGGGCCUCCCAUUUCAGUUACAAAGCUAUUCUCCUUGAUGCUCAACAGCAAUCUGGCCCUUUCUCAUAUGAUUGUGGUGUUUUUCUAGUGCCUAAGGCUAGGGCUCACGAGUGGCUCUUCUCUUCAGAAGAAGGACAAUGGCUGGUUGUUGAAAGCUCAAAAGCAGCUCGUCUGAUAAUGGUUUUAUUAGACACCAGCCACACCAAUGCUAGCAUGGAUGAAAUUCAGAAGGAUCUUUCUCCUCUGGUUAAACCGUUGGCACCAGGAAGAGAGGGCACUGAAGCUCAAAUCCCAUUUAUGGCAGCAAGUGAUGGGAUCAAGCAACGGAAAAUUGUUCACCAGGUUACAUCUCCCUUGACCGGAUCGAUCAUUGUUGAUGAUGUCAUCUAUGAAAAAGUUGGUGAUGAUUUCAGUUAUCCCUUGCCGUCAAAUGAUUUGAUAUUUCGGCGCCUUACUUUUCAAAGAAUGGAGGCCUUGGUGCAAUCUGAAGCUUUGCUAACUCUAGGAACAUCACAGAAAGUUCUUGGUGACACAGAGCAGAAGAAAGCCCGCUCUUCUUCCAAGGCAAAGAAAAGAGGAAAUCUGAAAAGGAACGAUCCCAAAGUGUCUGUAAGUGAUGACUUGAGCGAGUAUCUGAAAGUUGAUCACAGCUAUUUAGCUAGUUCAUAUCAUACUGGCAUCAUUGCUGGGUUUAUGCUGAUUUCUUCAUGCUUGGAAAAUGCUUCAUCAACUGGAAAAAUGGUCAGAGCAGUUGUAAUUGGUCUUGGAGCUGGCUUACUUCCUAUGUUCCUCCACGCAUGUCUGCCCAUUCUGUGUAUAGAGGUUGUGGAGUUAGAUCCCGUGGUUUUAGAUCUCGCAAAGGGUUACUUCGGUUUUAGAGAAGAUAAACAGUUGAAGGUGCACAUCACUGAUGGGAUCCAGUUUGUCAUAGGGGUUGCAAAUUCCAAGGUAGAUGAUGGAGUCAUUGUUAAUCAUGGGAAUGAGAAGGCUAUCUGCAAUAAGGACCCCACUUCUUCAAAUGGGAGUUGCACUGUAUCUGAUGCAGGACUCAAAGAGACCAACAAAAUUGACAUACUCAUUGUUGAUGUUGACUCUUCAGACGCGAGCUCUGGUCUCACCUGCCCUGCAUCGGAUUUUGUGGAAGAGUCCUUUUUAUGUGCUGUCAAGAAUUCCCUCUCUGAGCAAGGUCUCUUUGUUAUUAAUCUGGUCUCAAGAUCCUCAGCCAUUAGAGAGAUGGUUGUUUCAAGGAUGAAAUUGGCUUUCACCAACCUUUUUCACCUUCAGCUCGAGGAAGACGUCAACGAAGUUCUUUUUGUUGUUAAUACAAAUGUUCCUAUUAAGAAUGAUGGCUUUCACGAAGCUUCUAGUCAGCUAGAGAAACUUUUGAAGUUAGAACACCCAGAGAGGAUCCAAAGCAUUAUUGAGGCCACCAAGAAGGUGAAGUCUCUUUAACUGACCAUACGAAUUACUUAAUGCUGAUGUAAGCAUUUGCAUUGCUUGGCCGCAACCAGCCAUAUGUGGAGAAGAGGGUAAUUGUCCGUGUGCUAGGAACUUUUUCCUCCAAGGCCAGAAUUGUGAAUUAGAUUCAACAAUAUGGGUUUGCAUCUGUUUAUUAGUAUAAUAUUUAUGAGAA